CCCCGAGGGCCACCAUGCUCAGCGUAGUGCACUUCCUCCGGAGCUUCUUCAAGACUCCGGAGCCAGGUGCAGACCUGCCAGGUGAGGACAAGGUUGAAGAUAAGCAGCUCCCCACUUUUCCUGCAGAGCCAGAGGAACAGGGAUGGAGCCAGGAAACAGACCACAAUGAUUUUGAGACACUGUCCCACCAGAGCGAAAGUCAUUCAGACACAAAAACCGACCCCUUCGAAAGUGCUUCCGACACAGAGUCUCUGCCUGGUGACCUCACGGGGGGGAUCUGCCUUCCUCUAAGUGGUACCUCUGUGGACAGGGAAGGACACUGGGGAUGCCCUGACAUCCCAGCAACCAGACCUCCUCGCAAGCAGCUUUCAACUGGUGUCCCUGGGCUUGACCCAAAGGAGGACCUAGAUUUGUCCUUUGACCUCAGGGAAGAGUCUUACAAAAGUGGGUUUCAAGCCUUUGCUGCAGUUGCUGAAGAAGAGAAGACAGCACACCUCCAGGACAAUGGCGUGGCCAGCCUAGAGCUAGAGUCUUUGCUGGCAGGGUCUCCUCACCACACAGAGGGCUGCUCACAGGUUACCACAGGCAGCUACAGUCUCCAGCCAGCAAAGGUGGUAACUGCACAAGACCUCAGGGGAUUGUCUAUUUUUUCUCUUCAGAAAUCCAGGUCUGAGAGUUGUCUGGGCAUUCCAGUGGUCUGGCCCUUUCUUCUCUGGUGCUGUGAACUGGGCCAGAGCUGGCCACAUAUCCACAAUAGGGCCAGGGGCCCAGGGCUGCCUUACAGAGGUCCACUGCACAACACAGCCCCUCUGGGAGCCAGGACAAAGAAGGGAAGUACUCUAGGCCCCGAAGAGAACACAGACUUGCUCUGUGCCCAGCCCUGCCCUGAUGCCCCUUGCCAGCUUCCUUUGGGAACAUGCCGCCUUGCAUAUGCCAAGCUUCACCAUAGUGCCCCAGAAAAUAUUAAUGACAAGGACAGGACAUCCCCAGAGCACUGCUCUCAGCACCUGAGGACACUGACUAGGGCCCAUUCCAUAGCCGUGUUUCCCUUAAGGUUCCCUAAGAAUCCUCCAGGACAGAACUUUGUGAAAUUUGGGACUCAUUUGAGGAAAGGGACCGAAACAGAACAAGAUCCAAGAACACAAAAUUCUCUUUGCUCUGUUCCCACCCAAUUGUCUCCUUUGCCUUCUGCUUCCCAAAGGAGGGCCCCUUACUUGCAGGACCAGUAUAAACCCAGGGCUCCUAGCUGGAAGAGGGCCUUUCAGGACACACCCUGUGAAUAUCUCUGGCUGGGACAGGAUUCUAGAUCCUGCCCAGUCUCUUCAUGCCUUACUGCAAAGUCUGUGAGCCUUGACACAGAGGAAGUGCCAGUGCUCACAGAGUGCAGGUCGGAACACAGCCCAGAAAGCCUGCGAGAGGAACCCCAAGGCACUGGCCCUGCACCAAACGAUGCUGAUGUGAGUGACAGACAAAAGCACCUUCAGGACAUUUCUGUUGAGGCAGGAAACCAAACCAGUAAUUACAGAUCAAAGUACAUUCUCAGUGAGAAAAGAAAGCCACCUGCUAGGGCCAAGUUCCCACAUCAUUCCAGCAAUAGCGGGUCACAGGUGAGGAACAGAGACUGGAUGGGUUGCUGCGAAGUGAGUGAUUGUUCAGUCACGCCAGAGACCACCCUGAAAGCAAGUGCAAAGGAAGUGGAAGACGUGAUGGUUCUAGACCCCAACUGCACCAAAAGUGCCUUGCAGGAAUUUUCGGAAACCACAGCAGCCGCCGUGUCUCAUUGCAGCGGUGGGGGUGAGUGUGACCAGGGGCUGGAGGGUGCUGCGCAGCCCUCUCCUGAGGGCCUGAAGCUAGAGCCCAAAGUAGACACCUCUAGGGGCAGGUGUACACUCAUCAUUAUAGCUGUUGAGCAGAAAGGUCUUCAGGCCACCAGGAGGAAAGCAGGUGCCCUUCCAGAAACACAGUCCGAAUUUCUGGACAAAAGACCACCAUCUCCCUGCGGUGCUGGAGCGACCCCCUGUGACUCUCCCACGGCUGGGAAACCACAAACUUGUGGCAUUGAGUGUGAGCUGCCCGCAGCCAGCGGACUGGGAGGUGAUGAUGGGACUCCUCGGCAGGGUGCCCAAGCCACAGAACUUGCGGUAGUUCUGCUUCCCCAAGCUGCCUCCCAAGAGAGGCCCCUGGGCAAAGACACUUGUUCCCAGGAGCCCGCCCUGGGCAGGCUGAGCACAGGCGAUGCUGCAGAAACAAACCCGCCUGGGGCCGACACGGCGGAGCACGCUGCUAGGGAGCCCGGCCCUGGCCCUGAAGACACACGCAAGGCCCAUGGCCUUCGCCCCGCGGGGAGCCGAGGAGCAGGGGAAGCGGAGGCGGUGGCGAAGGGCUCUGGCACCCCGGCCUCUGCCAGCGUCCAAGCUCUCCCACCGCCCGGCCCGCCCCGCCCCCCCUGCAAGGCUGCACGGGAACCUGGGAAGCGCCUCACGUUUCCCAAGGUGACCUCGCUCAGGAAAAGCAGGCCCUCGGUUGCCGAGACCCCAGGAGCGGACGCCGGUGCGCAGGGCCCCGGGCAUCUGCAGCCCGCCGGCCCCGCGGCAGCCAGCGCCCCUGCCGGGACGGCGGGUUCUUCGGGCCUCGAGGAGCUGCGUGCGGCCAGUGGGGGUCCCGCGGCCUGCUGGCAGAACGUGGUCGGCGGGGACGCGCCUCCUACACACCCAGUGGGCACAGGCGCCUCUCGGAAGGCCAUCCCCCAGGGCGCAGGGGGCGGAGCUGCAGGGCUGAGAGAAGGGGACGCUGUGGAGACACCAGGGGACCUGGGUGGCAGAACACUGUCCUCAGAGUGCUGUGAUGCCAAGAGCCUAAAAACUCCAGAGAAAAGGCUCAGGGCAAGGUUGGCCUUAGCUCAAAAGACCUUUGCAAAUUUUUUUGAGUCAAAAGUUUUAGAAAAAGAGAACACUGAGGAAUGUUCUCCAGGUUCUCUCAAGGGCCGGAAGGAGAAGAGCAGGCCGCGGCAGAGUUCCUGGCGUGCAUUUCUGAAAAGCAAAGAUGCCGAAGGCCCCAAAAGGCCCACCUUAGUAAGUCUGGUUCCAGGACAGGAAACCUUGAAUCCCCUCAGACCUUCUCCACCAAGGACCAACAGUCACUGUGAGGAGCAAGUAGAAGACAAGGAAAGCUGUGUUUUUGGAGAUCAUUGGUCACCUCCACAUUCCCCCACACCUUUGUCACCCAGCAAUUUGGUCUCUCCAGAUAACAGGAGAAAAAGUGAGCCAACCAUCAAAUGCACAAGCCCCCAGGAAAGUGGUAGGUACCUAACUUCAGGUAUCUUUCCUGAAAAGUCCUGGCUGAUGUCACCCACCAGCCCUCGUGCCCAGCAGGCUGGGAUCAGCUGCACCCUUCCCUCCAGCUCUGCCUGUUGCUUGGCAUAUGGAAGCCAAGGUAUGCCCUGCAAACCCAUGAGUCCCAAGCCCCAGAGCCCCAGGCCUGGUGUUCAUCGGGCAGAUUUCCACUACCCUGGCAGGAGCAGUGCCAUCUCCAUGGUUUCUCUUGGAAGCUACAUUGAUGUGGAUAACAGCUCAGAGGCUUCUGAAAGGCCCAAGACCCCCAAGGCCCGGGCAAGCCUCCUGCUUUCUCUGCAGACACUAGACCAGGAUGACCAGAAGGAAGAGAGUGGGAAAAGAGGCUGGCAUCACCAUGGCCUGAGCAUAACACCCUCGCUCAGGGACCUUCCUGGGAGUGAGAACCACAUGUGGUGGGAAGAACAAGGCAUGAAGCUCAGUUGCUCCCACAGUCAGAAAGCUUUUCACAUAGAGCCAUUCUCUACCACUGAGAGGGUGGCAUGGACCCUCCCCUCCGUCUCUGCAGAGGAUGUCCCCAGGGAGACUCCUUCACAACCCAGGAGCAUCAUUCCUCGGCACCCACGCAUCAGUUUAGAUGACCUGUGGCUGGAGAAGACGCAGAGAAGGAGGUUGAAGAAGCAGGUCCAGGUUGAAAGGAAGAUGCACAAGGGAAUAGCACAUAAAGAUGGAAUCCAUUGUUGGAGGAAGAUGACCGUUACCUCUCCAGAGUCUUUGAGUCUCGCUAGAAGAAGUCAUCCAUUCUCCCAGAGUGCCCCAACAGAAUUGAACUGCAUGGGCUGGCCAGAGUACAUACCUGACACUGCUAUCCCUGAUGGAGUUCUGGACACAGCCAUCCGUGCUGAUGAGGCGGGGAGUGAGGAGGACCUGUAUGAGGACAUGCACAGCUCCAGCCACCACUACAGCCACCCUGGAGGGGGUGGUGAGCAGCUGGCCAUCAACGAGGUAGGGUCAAGGCUGCAUGGACGCUCGCUCCCGCUCCCUCCCGAUGCUGUGCCUGAGGUGCCUGGGUGGCCUGAGGGGCAGGGGCUCCCCAUGCUAACCUCCAGCUUGUGCCCCCAGCAAGCGGACUUCCAGAUCUACUCAGAGUACUGCAACAACCACCCCAAUGCCUGUGUGGAGCUGUCCCGGCUCGCCAAGCUCAGCAAGUACGUGUACUUCUUUGAGGCGUGCCGGCUGCUACAGAAGAUGAUCGACAUCUCGCUGGAUGGCUUCCUGCUGACCCCCGUGCAGAAGAUCUGCAAGUACCCUCUGCAGCUGGCCGAGCUGCUCAAGUACACACCCCCCCAGCACAGGGAUUUCAAGGACGUGGAAGCAGCCCUACAUGCCAUGAAGAACGUGGCCCGGCUCAUCAACGAACGGAAACGGAGGCUUGAAAACAUCGACAAGAUUGCUCAGUGGCAGAGCUCCAUAGAGGACUGGGAGGGGGAAGAUCUCCUGGUCAGGAGCUCAGAACUCAUCUAUUCCGGGGAGCUGACUCGUGUUACACAGCCACAAGCCAAGAGCCAGCAGAGGAUGUUUUUUCUCUUUGACCACCAGCUCAUCUACUGCAAGAAGGAUCUUCUCCGCCGGGAUGUGCUGUACUAUAAGGGCCGAGUGGAUAUGGAUGGACUGGAGGUGGUGGAUCUGGAGGAUGGAAAAGACAGAGACCUCCACAUGAGUGUCAAGAAUGCCUUCCGGCUGCUCUGCGGCACCACGGGAGAGAGUCACCUGCUGUGUGCCAGGAAGCCUGAGCAGAAACAGCGCUGGCUCAAGGCCUUCGCCAGAGAGAGGGAGCAGGUGCGACUGGACCAGGAGACAGGCUUCUCCAUCACCGAGCUGCAGAGGAAGCAGGCCAUGCUGAAUGCCAGCAAGCAGCAGGCCACUGGGAAGCCCAAAGCCCUCAGCCGGCCCUACUACCUGGCACGCCAGAAGCACCCGGCUCUGCCCGCCAGCCUGCCCCAGCAACAGGUCUUGGUACUGGCAGAGCCCAAGCGAAAGCCAUCCACCUUCUGGCACAGCAUUAGCCGGCUGGCACCCUUCCGCAAGUGAGCCAGCUCCCCAUCCGACAGCACUGUCUGGACCUAACCGCCAGUGGGCCUCCAGCUUUUUCUCCCCAAGGCCCACCGCAUGUGGCCUCCUCUGCUGGUCACGCACACUGGAAGUUACGGACUGAGCGAGGGAGCUGCUCGGCGCCCCAUUCGUGGAUUCUCCCCCACUACUGGUGCACUGAAGACACCAGCUGGAGGGGCAGGGGCCCACAGCGGUGAGCCUCCCACCACCCUCUGGACCUCUGUGGGGCCUCCUGGGAGCCACAGCUCAGAGCCACCGGCCAGGCCAGUGUGUAGAAAACUGGCUGCUCUGAAUCCUCUUCUCUGGACAUCUGAUCAUCCCUCCUGUUUCCUCUGAGCAGGGGACCAUCUGCCUUUAGCCCCUGCAAAGUUGGGCUCUGUGCCCCCUGCCCUCCAAUUGUCCCUCAGGCCCCCAGUCCCCAGCUGGUGGUGCCAGGCAACUUGCAUCCCUGGAGGGUGGGAACCAGAAUUCUCUGCACAAAAAUGUCUGGCCCAGAGCCAACUCAUUUUUGCCUCCCAGCCCCUCUAGGCACUCCUGGCUGCUGGACACCCUUCCUCACUUGUGAUGUGUUUAUAGUGGAAAGAAAAUAAAACCAUAGUCACUGCAUACUUCCGUCAGGGUUUGUGACCAGUCCACGUGUAGUUGUGGGUUGACUCCAGAACCUGGUCCCGGUUUUUUUGUUUGGAUUGUGCUGUUUUUCUAACAAUGGGGAGAAAGAAUUGUUAUCAGUGACACAGAAAGAUUGCCUUACCCUAAGUGAGCAUGAGAAGCCAUAAGGACUGAAUUCUGUGGCCCAGCAUCCAGGACUGACCCACCAACCCAGAGGCCGGUGGACAUGUGAGUUAGAGGGAAGCCCAUGUCCCGCUGAGAAGGGUUCCCCAUGAGUACAGGCAGGACCUGGCCUGCGGGUGUGGAACACUGAGCUGCCCCUCUGGCCCACGGGAAUUCAGCAGCAUGUACAGUCAGCCACUCUUGCACUAUACCUUCUCCAAGCCAGAAACCACAUUUAAUUUCAUAAAGAAACUUAUGAAAAAUAACCUGGCUGCCAGCCCUUGUUUUUC